AUGGCAUCAACCGCCAUCAGAUUCAUCACCUUCGUCUCUGCUCUCAUGCUGCUACUGCACUGCACUUACGCAGCAGCGCCACCAAUCUUUCAGCAGAGACAGUCGGCCAAGACAUGGUGCGUCGCUAAUCCUUCGGCCAACGAGGCUGCACUGAGGGCAAACAUGGACUUCGCCUGCUCCGAGAGCGACUGCAGCGCGAUUCAGGGCACAGGAGGCUGCUCCGUCCGCUAUGGCGGCAUCCUGCUAUCGCGGGCGUCGGUGGCGAUGAACGCCUAUUACCAGGCCAAGGGGAGGAACACAUGGAACUGCUUCUUCAACGGCACCGGCCUCAUCAGCAUCACUGACCCCAGUCUAGGCACUUGCAAGUACGCAUGA